GAGCUUUCACGGUUUUUCCUCAGUCGACAUUUAUCUGAGUUAUUAAUCAGAGCCUAAUGAAAGUUUAAUCCCAGUUAUCGAUAUAGAUGUAUUAAACAUCUUUUGAACGCACCUGACAGAAAGCGUCACUAAUUUGCGGCUUCAGACUGAAGGAGUUUGAUAAGAAGAGAAUCGCGUCGCUUGUCAGAGAUCAGCGCGUGCGUUUGUGUCGGUUUAUCAGAACGCGAUCGAUCAGAUCCAGGUAAUCGAUAUCGGCAGAAAAACAGAGAUGGGGGAGAGUGUUCAGGCCCGGUCCGGCUAUGAGCGUCUGACCGCAGAAGAGAUGGAUGAGCAGAGGAUUCAGAAUGUGGCGUAUCAAUACCUGUGCCGCCUGGAGGAGGCCAAGAGGUGGAUGGAGGCGUGUCUGGCGGAGGUGCUGCCGUCUCCCACUGAGCUGGAGGAGGCGCUGAGGAACGGGGUUUAUCUGGCUAAACUGGGACACUGUUUUGCUCCCAGUGUGGUUCCACUGAAGAAGAUCUACGACCUGGACCAGGAGCGAUAUAAGGCCAGCGGGCUUCAGUUCCGUCACACAGACAACAUCAACCAUUGGAGGAACGCCAUGAUGGAGGUCGGGUUGCCAACGAUGUUUCAUCCAGAGACGACGGAUGUGUACGAUAAGAAGAACAUGCCCAGAGCCGUUUACUGCAUUCAUGCUCUGAGUUUGUACCUGUUUCGUUUGGGACUCGCCCCUCAGAUCCAUGACCUGUGUGGGAAGGUCAAGUUUACCGAGGAGGAGAUCAAUAACAUGAAACUGGAGCUGGAUAAAUACGGGAUUCAGAUGCCAGCCUUCAGUAAGAUCGGAGGAAUUCUGGCCAAUGAGCUCUCCGUGGACGAGGCGGCAGUGCACGCGGCUGUGAUCGCCAUCAACGAAGCGGUGGAUCGGGGUUGUGUGGAGGUCACGGGUCGAGCCCUGCAGAACCCCAACGCCAUGCUGAGCGCCCUUCAGGACCGGCUGGUGCCCGUCUACCAGGAGAUGCUGCGACAGGCACGCGUUCAGAAGGCGUCUCGGGCGCGGACACAUGGAAACGGAUCAGCAGAGAACGACAUUUAUGAGGAAUAUCUGACGCAGAGAGAAAUCCAAGACUCCAUUAACAGAGUCAACAUGCGUGCGGCGGUGGAGUGUGUGGACGAGGCGUUGGACUGUGCUGACGCGCUGGCGCUGAUGUGUGCCCUGCAGAACCCCAGUCUGGCGCUCAGAGGACUGGUCCGAGAUCACGCCGGCUGGUACCUGGAGCAGAUGAGCGCUGAUCGAGAGCAGAAAGCCCUGGAUCUGGGAUGUGUGGAUCCUCUGGAGAGAGAUGAACUACAGGGGGCCGUCAACAUGGCCAAUGAGGACGCGCAGAGAGAUCGAACCAUUCAACAGGCGGUGAGUAAAAUAAACGAGGCCGUGCAGCGUGGGGAAGCUCGUCAGACGGUUCGGGCACUGAUGAACCCAGAUGCUCAUCUGCCAGACGUCUAUCCGUUCGCUGCGGAGCUUUACCAGAGAGAGCUGGCAUCCCUGCAGCACCAGUGUCCACAGGGUUCGCUGCAGCAGGAGGAGUUGUUUGUCGCGGUGGAGAUGCUGUCAGCGGUUGCUCUGGUCAAUCAGGCUGUGGAGGUGAAAGACUUCGGUGCGUUCAGCGCUACGCUAGUCAGUCCUGCCGCUGGACUCGCUGACAUCGAUGACGGCCUGAUUCAGAGGUAUUUUGAGGAGCUGUGUGAGCAGAAGAGGAGGGCAGGUAAAGCUCUUCUCACCUGGAACGACCUGCAGACGGGGCUGAACACCGUCAAUACUGCCGCUCACGAGGAACAUGAACAGAUUCUCACCAUCGGUCUGAUCAACCAAACCCUGAGUCGCAGUGAUCCUCAGAAGACGCUCUCGGCGCUGAUGCUGCCCUCCGCUGGCCUGGAGGACGUGUUUCCGCUCAACGCCACACGCUACCAUGACCUGCUGACCCGAGCCAAACGACACAAGGCAGAGGUGAGCCGUGACCCUGGAGCUGAGCUCUGGUUGGCUGACAUUCAGGAAGGUGUGAGACUGGCCAAUCAGGACACUCAGAAAGCACUGAAGAUGUGUCUGGGUCUGGCCGCAGUGAAUCAGGCUGUUAAAGAGGGCCGAGCGUCUCAGACGGUGCGAGUGCUGCGUCUGCCAGAGGUGGCGCUGAGGAGCGUCGUGUCCGAAUGUGCUGACGGGUACCAGACGGAGCUGAGCGCCCUGCUGAGGGCCAAAACACAGGAGGGUGAUAACAGAAGCACGUGGAUGAGGACUAAACUGCCGGACCGCAGCUCUUACUACUUCCACCUGCAGAAACUGGAGGGCAGCUGGGAAAGACCUCAGGGCUUCGUCCAGAACAGCAUCUUCCUGACGCACGAGGACAUCCAGGCGGUGUGCAGUCGUGUGACCUCGGCCCACAGCAGAGAUGUGCAGUGGAAGGCCAGUGAGGCGCUGGUGCAGCGGAUGCAGGCGCGCAUGCGAGGGUUUCUGCUGCGACAGAAGCUAGCCGAGCGCCGCCACUUCCUCAACACACACGUUCCUGCCGUCAUCACCAUACAGUCUCACUGGAGGAGAUACAGACAGCAGAGGGAGUACCGGCGCAGACUGCAGUAUCUGUACCACAACUGGAGAGCCGUCCUCAAGAUCCAGGCCACAGUGAAGAUGUGGCUCGCCCGCAGGAACUAUCUCGCCCGGCUCGCUUACUUCAGGAGACAUGUUGGAGCUAUAAUCCGGAUCCAGGCGUUCUUCAGAGCCAGCAGAGCCCGCGAGGAGUAUCGCUUACUGGUUCACUCGAGCGCGCCGCCGCUGUCGGUGGUGUGUAAGUUUGCGCACCUGCUGGAGUGUGGAGACGCUGACAUCCGUCAGGAGGCGGAGCUGCUGAGGCUCAGGGAGGAGGUGGUGCGCUCCAUCCGGGCCAACAGGCAGCUGGAGCACGACCUGGACCUCAUGGACCUGAAGAUCGGCCUGCUGGUCCGGAACCGGGUCACGCUGCAGGAGGUGGUGUCUCACUGUAAGAAGCUCACUAAGAAGAAUAAGGAGCAGUUGAGUGACAUGAUGGCUCUGGACAAACACAAGGGCCUGAAAGCCCUCAGUAAAGAGAAGAGAGACCGACUUGAGGCCUAUCAGCACCUGUUCUACUUGCUUCAGACCCAGCCGCUGUAUCUGGCUCAGCUGAUCUUCCUGAUGCCUCAGAAUAAAAGCACCAGCUUCAUGGAGACGGUGAUCUUCACUCUCUUCAACUACGGCUCCGACUGCAGGGAGGCUUUCCUUCUGCUGCAGCUCUUCACUGCUGCGCUACGCCACGAGAUCAGUGUGAAGGUGGACCGACCGCAGGAAGUGGUCACUGGGAACCCCACCGUCAUCAAGAUGCUGGUGAGUUUCUACCGUCACGCUCGCGGCCAGAACGCGCUGAAGGACGUCUUGGGUCCGGCGAUCCGAGAAGUUCUGCAGGACCGGGCCCUCAACAUCCGAACCGACCCCGUGGAGAUCUACAAGAGCUGGGUCAACCAGAACGAGAGCCAGACCGGCCAGAAGAGUUGUUUACCGUAUGAGGUGAGCGUGGAGGAGGCCUUGAGUCACUCGGAGGUCCAGCAGAGGUUAAACAUCUCCAUCACGAACCUGAAGAACCUCACAGAUCGCGUGUUACACGCCAUCACCAGCAACACACACAAACUACCGUACGGAUUGCGCUACACUGCUAAGGUUUUGAGAGACGCCCUGCAGGAGAAGUUUCCUCAGGCCAGUGAGGACGAGCUGUACAAGAUCGUGGGUAACCUCAUCUACUAUCGCUACAUGAACCCUGCUGUCGUGGCUCCUGACGGGUUUGAUGUUGUGGAGUUCGGUGCCGGUUCUGCUCUUCUGCCGGGUCAGCGCCGGACUCUGGGCUCCAUCGCUCGCAUCCUUCAGCACAGCGCAGCGCUCAAGCACUUCAGCGGGGACUCGGCACACCUGCGCACGCUCAACCAGUACAUCACACACACACACGCACGCUUCAGGAAGUUCCUGCGCACGGUGUGUGACGUGCCUGAGCCGGAGGAACGCUUCAAUAUCGAUGAGUAUUCAGAGACGCUGAUCCUCAACAGGCCCGUGAUCUACAUCUCCAUCAGCGAACUCAUCAACACACACCGACUGCUGUUGGAGCAUCAGGACUGUCUGUGUCCCGAUCCGUCAGACCCUCUUCAGCAGCUUCUGCAGGAUCUGGGAUCAGUGCCGUCACUGCAGGACCUCAUCGGCGAGGGGCAGCUCAACCCCUCGGAUCCAAAUGUGGAGCAGCCUUUGGCCAAGAUGGAGGUUUCUCUGACGCUCACCAGCAAGUUCGACGUGUUCACGAGCUCUGAUGACAGGCCUGACGCGCGCGGGAUUCUGCUGAGCACAAAGCAGCUGAUCAUCGAUGUGAUCCGAACGCAGCCCGGUGACACGCUCAGUGAGGUGCUGCAAGUCUCCGCCUCCAGAGAUCAGGAGGUGCAGCACGGCUGGAUGAUGCACCAGCGCGCUCAGAGAGACAUCAGAACCCCGGAGAAGAUGAAGAGGAACCAGUCGCUGGUGUCCGACGGCAGCCUGACCCUGGAGGAGAAGAAGAGGAAGAUCCUGAGGAACAUGCGGAGACUGGAGGCCAUCGGGGUCCUGCACCCCCCCGACACACACACACACAUGCUGCAGCUCAUCGCAAAGGACAUCCGUCACCAGCGUGUGUAUCGUCAGAGGCGUCAGGCGGAGCUGGUGAAACUCAGACAGACUCUACACAGUCUUCACUGCAAGAGCUCCUUCCACUCGGAGCAGGUCGACUACUACAGCCAGUACAUCAACACCUGCCUACACAACCUCACCGCCAGUAAAGUCAACGGGAAGAAAGUGAGUGAUAAAGGGAAGAAGAAGCCGCCGACACUCACUUACACAGCGGCUCGUCUGCAUGAGAAAGGAGUUCUGCUGGAGAUCGAAGACCUUCCUGUCACACAGUUUAAGAACGUGAUCUUUGACAUCAUUCCCGCUGAGGAGGACGGGGCGUUCCUGGUGAAGGCUCGUUUCAUGGGUGUGGACAUGGAGAGAUUCCCUCUCAAGUAUCAGGAUCUGCUGCAGCUUCAGUACGAGGAAGUGUCCGUGAUGAAGAUGUUCGAUAAAGCCAAAGUCAACGUUAAUCUGCUCAUCUUCCUUCUCAACAAGAAAUUCUUCAAAAAGUGAAGUGUGUGUGUUGAGUCGUUGUUCCUGUGCCGUCCACACGGGCUUUUACUCGCUAUAAUGUUACAGAAACUCAGAAUAACUCUAUAAUCAACACUCGUACACUACUUAUAUAUUCACGUGUUAAUCACCGGCAAACUAAACCUUUACUCUAUUACAAUCACAGAAGUAUACUUCAGUCCAUUCACACACGCAUUAAUCAGUGUGUGUGUGUGUGUGUGUGUGUGAACACUAGUUAUCCAGCUGCUCUUUUAAACGCUGUAGUUUUAGUGACCGUGUCUCAAACUAAUAAUUGUGUGUAAAUAUUUUCUGUCAUUCUGUUUUUCUCUUUGGAAAUGUCUCUAUUCCUCUCCUGUACUGUUUUUAAGUCAUUUUUUUGUGCUUUUCAUGCUGUUUUUAUUCACAAUUAAAGACUUUACAUGAA